AUGUCCAAGGCUUCCCAACCAGAACUCAAAAAGUUUAUCGACAAAAAACUCUUCAUUCACCUUCAGGGUGGGCGGAAAGUCAGCGGUACGCUGCGAGGAUACGACCUCUUCCUCAACCUAGUCAUCGACGACGCGUUGGAAGAGACAACACCAGCCCAAAAGCACCCCAUUGGCACCGUCGUCAUUCGUGGAAACAGUGUUACAUCGAUGGAAACGCUAGAGUCCAUCCGAUCCUAG